UCUGAUCCGCCCUCCCGCCCGCCCUCCGCUGCCCGCGGGCCAUGUAAGAACGGCCCCGGGGGCUCCGCAGCCGCUGGUCAGAGGGCAGCGGGUCCAUGACGCCGGCCAGGCCUCCGGGGGACCUCGGGGGCCGUGAGCACGCAGAGAGAGCUUCCCGGGCCCCUCGGGGGCGGGGGGGCGCCGAGGGCCAGCCCCGAAGAUGCCCACCAACGGCCUGCACCAGGUGCUGAAGAUCCAGUUUGGCCUGGUCAACGACACUGACCGCUACCUGACAGCUGAGAGCUUCGGCUUCAAGGUCAACGCCUCGGCACCCAGCCUCAAGCGGAAGCAGAUGUGGGUGCUGGAGCCUGACCCAGGGCAGGGCCCGGCUGUGCUGUUCCGCAGCAGCCACCUGGGCCGCUACCUGUCAGCCGAGGAGGACGGGCGCGUGGCCUGCGAGGCGGAGCAGCCGGGUCGUGACUGCCGCUUCCUGGUCCUGCCGCAGCCCGACGGGCGCUGGGUGCUGCGGUCGGAGCCCCACGGCCGCUUCUUCGGUGGCACCGAGGACCGGCUGUCCUGCUUCGCCACGGCCAUCUCCCCGGCCGAGCUGUGGACCGUACACCUGGCCAUCCACCCGCAGGCCCACCUGCUGAGCGUCAGCCGCAGGCGCUACGUGCACCUGUGCCCGCAGGAGGACGAGAUGGUGGCGGACAGCGACACGCCGUGGGGCGUGGGCGCGCUCAUCACCCUCAUCUUCCAGAACCGGCAGUACUGCCUCAGGUCCUGUGACAGCCGCUACCUGCGCAGCGACGGCCGCCUCGUGUGGGAGCCCGAGCCCCGAGCCCGCUACACGCUGGAGUUCAAGGCGGGCAAGCUGGCCUUCAAGGACUGUGAUGGCCGCUACCUGGCGCCCGUGGGCCCCACUGCCACGCUCAGGGCGGGUCGCAACACGAGGCCCGGCAAGGACGAGCUCUUCGACCUGGAGGAGAGUCACCCGCAGGUGGUGCUGGUGGCCGCCAACCACCGCUACGUGUCCGUGCGGCAAGGGGUCAACGUCUCAGCCAACCAAGACGAGGAACUGCAUCAUGAGACCUUCCUGAUGCAAAUUGACCAGGAGACAAAGAAGUGUACCUUCUAUUCCAGCACGGGGGGCUACUGGACCCUGGUCACCCAUGGGGGCAUCCAGGCCACGGCCACACAAGUUUCGGCCAGCACCAUGUUUGAGGUGGAGUGGCGCGGCCGGCGGGUGGCACUCAAGGCUAGCAAUGGGCGCUACGUGUGCAUGAAGAAGAAUGGGCAGCUGGCGGCCACCAGCGACUUUGUGGGUGAGGACGAGGAGUUCAUUCUCAAGCUCAUCAACCGCCCCAUCCUCGUGCUGCGGGGCCUGGACGGCUUCGUCUGCCACCGUCGUGGCUCCAACCAGCUGGACACCAACCGCUCGGUCUACGACGUCUUCCGCCUGAGCUUCAGCGACGGCGCCUACCACAUCCGAGGCCGUGGCGGCGGCUUCUGGUACACCGGCAGCCACGGCAGCGUGUGCAGCGACGGCGAGCGCGCCGAGGACUUCCUCUUCGAGUUCCGCGAGCGCGGCCGCCUGGCCAUCCGCGCCCGGAGCGGCAAGUACCUGCGCGGCGGCGCCUCGGGGCUGCUGCGCGCGGACGCGGACGCUCCCGCCGGGGUCGCGCUCUGGGAGUACUGAGCGGGCGGCCGGCCGGCCUGUCCCCCAUUAAACCGUGUCUGUGUCGCA